GCAGAUAUUUAACAUUUUGACAUCUCUCUCUAAAACUUUUUUUUCUGUCUCUUGAUAAUCAAAUCAUAAAAUAAUCAAAUGCAGAUCUGUGCAAUUCCGGCCCAGAAACUCCACCGUUUUCCGGCGAAAAUUGGCGGUUUUAGAUGCCAACAGUCUCGAUUAAACCCAUUAUUAACAAAUCCACGUAGCGUUUCUUUUUCACUUGCAACUGCUCAACAACAAUCUUUAAAGUCUAUUACUUCAACUCAAUUAACCAAGCAACACCUUUCUAAUCUUGAGAAGCUUCUACAAAAACAAUCGCCGGAAUAUUUGAACCCGCCGGCGAAACAACAAGAAGUUCAUAAUGUUGAUAGCAGUGAUAAGAAUGAUGGGUCAUUAUUUUCAUUAGCCGGCAAGGGUAAAUCUAUUCUUGAAGGAUUAAGCUUGCCUAGAGUUUGGCCGGAAAUGAAAGCGGCGGAAGAAAUGUCACCUAGACAUUUGAACCGUCUUAAAAGACUGUUAUCUAUGACACAGCAGUAUUCUCCGAGGAACCACCUCGGCUCCCAGUGGACGGAGCUUCACGGCUGUAAUAAUUGGGAAGGACUCCUUGAUCCUCUCGAUGAGAAUCUCCGGCGAGAGGUUGUUCGGUACGGGGAGUUUGUUCAAGCCGCUUACCAUUCUUUCCAUUCUAAUCCCGCCAUGUCAACUCUAGAAGCGCCGUCACCCCAACACGUGGCGUUGCCCGACAGGUCUUAUAAGGUGACCAAGAGCUUAUACGCCACGUCAUCAGUUGGAUUACCUAAGUGGGUCGAUGAAAUGGCGCCUGAUCUCGGGUGGAUGACCCAACGGUCUAGCUGGGUCGGGUACGUUGCUGUUUGUGACGAUAAGAGAGAGAUCCAGCGAAUGGGGAGGAGAGACAUAGUGAUAGCAUUACGUGGGACUUCCACGUGUCUUGAAUGGGCUGAGAAUAUGAGAGCCCAUUUAGUGGACAUGCCCGGAAGCCAUGACCCGACCCAAGGAGGACAAUCCAAGGUGGAAUGCGGGUUUUUGAGCUUGUACAAAACUAAAGGAGCUCUAGUGCCAAGUCUGUCAGAAUCAGUAGUUGAUGAAAUAAAAAGAUUAACAGAAAUGUACAAAGAUGAGCCACUAAGCAUAACCGUCACAGGUCACAGCUUGGGUGCUGCGCUGGCAGUAUUAGUAGGAGAUGAGCUAAGCACAAUCUCCUCAGACAUGCCACAUAUUGCAGUUUUCUCAUUCGGUGGGCCCAAAGUGGGAAACAAAAGUUUCGCCAACGAAAUUAAGACAAAAAACGUAAACGUUUUAAGAAUAGUGAACAACCAAGACGUGGUCACUAAAGUCCCAUGUCUUCCCGUCGUAGAAGAUCUACACGAGGACAUGCCAUUAGCGUACUCGCACGUGGGGGUUGAGCUACGAGUGGACACCAAGAUGUCGCCGUAUCUAAAGCCGAACGCUGACGCGGCAUGCUGUCAUGACUUGGAGGCGUAUCUGCACUUGGUGGAUGGGUUCAUGGCUUCGAACUGUCCGUUUAGGACAAAUGCGAAGAGGAGUUUAGUUAGAUUGGUAAAUGACCAGAAAUCUAAUGUUAAGAAAUUGUACACAAGUAAGGCUCGUGCCUUGAGUUUGAGCCUCGAAAGGCCGCAGGGAUUUUCUCCUUCUUCUUCCACCUGCCUGCCUAGCCCUUCUCAGUAGCAAACUAAAAUCUCCUGUUCAUAGUAGAAGAAGUUUUUUAGUUCAAUUAAAUUCCACCUUUUUAGGAAUUUAUUUGAAUUUUUAUGUAAUGUGUACUUAGUUUCUUAACCGAUUUUUAUAUCCUAAUUUCAUAAAAAUGGUUAUCGUUA